GUUGCUUAUGAGAGAUACUGAUACUGUUUUAAAUAAAUAAAUAUAUUAUUAGAAAUAGACAUAAGUAGUGAGAAUAAUUGUAAAUUAUUAAAUAAUAAUAAUGGCCCUUUGUUGUGCUAUUUCCAACGAGGUGCCAGAACAUCCAGUGUUAUCACCUUCUUCAGGAGCAAUAUUCGAAAGGCGAAUUAUAGAAAAAUAUAUAACUGAAAAUGGAAUAGAUCCUAUUAGUGGCAAGGAAUGUACUAUUGAAGAGCUUAUUGAUAUAAAAACAACAUCAGUUGUCAAGCCAAAACCACCAUCUUCAACUUCUAUUCCUGCUACUUUGAAAUCUAUGCAAGAUGAAUGGGAUGCAUUGAUGUUACACACUUUUACACAAAGACAACAAUUACAGACUGCAAGACAAGAAUUGUCCCAUGUUCUAUAUCAACAUGAUGCUGCCUGUAGAGUUAUAGCUAGAUUAACAAAAGAAGUUACAGCCGCCAGAGAGGCUUUGGCUACUUUGAAACCUCAAGCUGGUGUUACAAAUGUAUCACAACAGGCUUCAGAACAAGCAUCUCAAGCUUCUGCACAAGAUCAACAGCUAUCUCAAUCAACAAUUGUCGGUAUGUCUGCAGAAGUUGUACAGAAAUUGCAAGAACGUGCUACAAUUCUUACUCAAGAGCGUAAGAAGAGAGGCAGAACAGUACCAGAAGAAUUGAUAUCAGCUGAACAAGUGAAAGGAUUCCUUACAUUGGCUAGUCAUCCUGGUUUACAUUCAGCAUCAGUUCCUGGUAUUUUGUCACUCGAUAUUCAUCCCACUGAUCACAGCAAGAUAUUAACAGGUGGAAAUGACAAAAAUGCAACAGUCUUCAAUAAAGACACUGAACAAAUUGUUGCUAUUUUAAAAGGACAUUCAAAAAAAGUUACAAAAGUUGUUUGUCAUCCCGAUGAUGAUAUUGUUUUAACAGCUUCGCCUGAUCAAACUAUUAGAGUUUGGAAUGUGCCAACGUCUCAGACAACUUUGAUUCUUCGUUGUCAUGAAGCACCUGUUACUGGUUUAUCACUUCAUCCAACUGGGGAUUAUGUCUUAUCCACUUCUCUUGAUAAACAUUGGGCUUUCUGUGACAUACGUACAGGAAAAUACUUGACUAAAGUUAUAGACACUGGCGAUAUGGGUCUCACAGCAGCACAAUUCCAUCCUGACGGUCUGAUUUUUGGAACUGGUACCGAAGACUCCCAAGUUAAAAUUUGGGAUUUGAAGGAGCAAACUAAUGUUGCCAAUUUUCCAGGACACACUGGGCCAAUUACUGCAAUAUCAUUCUCUGAGAAUGGGUACUAUUUAGCUACUGCAGCAGAUGAUUCUUGUGUUAAGCUUUGGGAUUUGAGAAAAUUGAAGAAUUUUAAGACAAUUCAACUUGAUGAAGGACAUCAAAUUAAAGACUUGUGCUUCGAUCAGAGUGGCACCUAUUUGGCAGUUGCUGGUUCAGACAUUAGGGUUUACCUAUGCAAACAAUGGCAAGAAUUGAAAGUUUUCAAUGACCACACAGCAUCAGCUACUGGUGUUCGGUUUGGAAGACAUGCUCAGUAUAUAGCAUCUACAAGCAUGGACAGAACACUUAAAUUAUAUGGAAUUGAAUAAAUUUUAAAAUAUUUUAAUACU